GAAAUUUAUUUUUAUAUACUGGCAAACUACGAACGAGACGAAGAUUUUCACUAACAUAACAUGUGGUGUGAUUUAAGAUUUUGCUUUUGUUGUUUUCACAAGAUAAUAAAAUAAAGUGAUGAAAACAAGGAGAAUAUAAUCACUUCACCUGCGGUUAAUAAAAACAUAAAAGAGCAAAGCAAAAAGGUUAUCAUACAGAUACACUUGACCACUCAACACAGUCUGGCUGUUUCCUACAAAUAAUUUGAAAAUAAAAUAAUAUAUUGAUUGACAUGAAAGAGACUUUUGAAAUUAGAAUUGUUUGAUUUAUAUUUUAAAUUUUACAAAUUUGCCAAGUGUCAAUACAAGUUAAAAUUUUGGUGUCUAUUGCGAUUGCGAUCAAUCAAUAUUGCCGGAGUUCUUACUUUAUAGCCACAAAAUGUUCAUGCUUGGAGAAGCUUUUCCUAAUUUCACAGCCAAUACUACUGAUGGGGAAAUAGACUUCUAUCAAUGGCUUGGAGAAUCUUGGGGCAUUUUAUUUUCUCACCCAUCAGACUUUACCCCUGUAUGCACUACAGAGCUUUCUCGAGUACUUAAGUUAUUGCCAGAGUUUCAAAAGCGUAAUGUUCAAGUAAUUGGACUUUCUUGUGAUUCUGUGUCAUCACAUAUUGAGUGGUGCAAAGAUAUCAAAUCAUAUGCAGGUGUAAAUGAGGAUGACAAGUUUCCAUACCCUAUCAUUGAGGAUAGGGAUCGCAACAUCGCCAUGAAGUUGGGAAUGGUGGACAAAGAUGAGCUGGACAAGUCAGGGAUGCCUCUCACUGCUCGAGCUGUUUUUAUCAUCGACUCUAACAAGAAGUUCAGGCUUUCAUUACUUUAUCCUGCUACUACUGGAAGGAACUUUGAUGAAAUUUUGCGCGUGAUUGAUUCCCUGCAGUUGACUGACAAAGCGAAGGUCGCUACCCCUGUUGACUGGAAGAUAGGGGAUGACUGCAUGGUGUUGCCUACGAUCCCUGAAGACCAAGUUCCGAAGAUCUUCCCUCAAGGCGUCACCGUAGUUCCCUUGCCGUCUGGCAAAAACUAUCUCAGGAAAACACCGUGCCCCAAAAUAUAAUCUCAGCCGACGUUCGUUUUCCUGUAUUUUUUCAAAAUUUUUUGGUCUUAGGGAGCAUUUCCAUUGAAUAGGAGAUGAGCGCAUAUUUCCAACAGCCAAUUUUAUCGAAUUAGGGCGUAUUUUGACUGCGCAUUUGCUUUCUUUUUACUUUAGUGUGCACCUUCAUCACUGCCUAUUGGCCAUUACGCACCAAGCUGGCCCAAUGCCGAUUAAUAUUGUAACAGAGUAAAGGACCUACAGAGGAAUGUCUCGUUAGAUACUGGUCCAAGGUCUACAUAGUGUAUUCUUAUGACGUCAUCAGACGAUGAUACACUCGUAUGAGACAGAUUAUUAACUUAAUUUUACCAUCGCUUUAUUGUCCAAAGUCAUCAUCAGCAGCCUAUCCCACUUUAUGUGGAGUCGGUACAGCAUGUCAGUCUCCUUCACUUCCUUUAUUGUCCAGAGUGUUCCAAUAUAAACACUUGCAGAUUAAUACUGAUGCAAUUCGGUGUCGACCAAAUAGACCAGAAAUAGAGGGCUAACAAAUGUUAGUUUGAAGUAAUCACAGACUAAACUAAAGAUUUUAGUUAUUAUGGUCAUGCCAUGUAUUACAAUGUGUUCAACAAUUUUCCCGAGUAUAAAGACUAAGGUACUGAUGUGUACACACAAUGUGAAGCAAUAUUUGUCUAGAAUUAGUGAGGGUCGCGUCGUCACCCUUUCAGCAUGGAGGUACCAUUUAAGCGCGAGUGAAGCCGCGUAGAUGAUUGUCCUGUGAUGAGAUGGGCCAUGUAAACAGCAAAUGUUAUAAGCGGCGGCGUUAGACAUAACAAGAAGCUCUCUCAUCAGAAUAGUCGCUCGUUUCUCGCUUCUGGAGUCGAUAACAUCAGCUUGCACAUUGAACCCAUGCUGUGAUUGCAUCUCGCCUCAUCUUAUAAUAAUCUUACGACUGUAUCGGCAACAAAAUAGACUGUCCCUGUUAGGUUGGAUAGCAAAGCUUAUUCAAUUAUACAUUAAACACAUCACAUUAUUGCAUAUUUUUGACAAUUCAUACCAAGGUGAGGUCCGAUGUGAAGGAGAGUGGACAAGUAAAGCCUCCUAUUGGCGACCUGCUUAGUUAUUCUUUGAUGAACUCAUCUCUAUUUCAAAGGAAUCCGACCCGUUCAACUGUUAGUGAUAUUAGGGUUAUUAUUCCGUUGAUAUUUACUACAUUAAAGAUAAUAUUUUGUUAA